UAAAAGUGAUUUUUUGUCGGAAUAAAUUUAUGUGAUGUACAAAUGAGGUCAUUUUUUUUGAAGCAUAUAUAUAUUGUAUGAGUUAUGAAAAAGUUUAUCACAUUAAAAGUCCUAUAAAUGUGUAUCUUUAAAUGUAUCGGAAAAUCUGAUUCGAAAAAAGAUUGAAAAGUGUUGGAAAAUGAUGAUAGUUGAUGAAAAUAUGAGAGAUAUAAAAAUAUAAAUGGAACUGACUGCUGACUAGAAUUUUUGUUCAAAAGUAUAUCUAUAUAUGAAUGUAUUCUCGCCAUCCAAGUUUGCUAUUCGGCAAAUAAACAUGAAUUAUACGAGAUAUCGUAGUCGUUAAAGCUGUUUAAAAAAAAUAUUAAAUUAUCCAAAUGAUCUUUAUGUGCCACAAAUAUUUACAAAAAUUCUAGUAAGUAACAAUGAUACAAUAUACAAAAAAAUAAAAGAGAAAAGUUUAAAAGUGAAUAGAAGAAACAGUAAAGUGAAGUAAAAUAACAUCCAGCAAGAGGAAAAAAGUAUAAAAACAGAGAGUGUUGAUGACCCAAAAAUAUACAAACAUCUAGAAAUAAAAAUUUUCAUUUGUUUUGUUUAUAAUAUCAGAGGAAAAAUUGAGGAAAACGGGAGAAGUGAUAUAAUUGAAAAUGAUGAAAAAUUUAACAUUUUUCUCAAAAAUUCAGUGCAAAUUAACGGAUUGUACGCAGCAAAAGUUAAUGACAGACAAGAAGACACUGGAGAAGACAUGGAAGCUAAUGGAUAAAGUUGUUAAAUUAUGUCAGCAGAGUAAGAUGAAUCUAAAAAAUAGUCCUCCCUUUAUUCUCGACAUUCUACCCGACACCUAUCAGCGAUUACAUUUAAUCUACUCCAAGUAUGAAGACCAAAUGCAUGUUUUGCACGCCAAUGAACACUUUACCGUAUUUAUAAAUAAUCUAAUGCGAAAGUGUAAGCAAGCAAUAAAGCUUUUUAAGGAGGGAAAAAUGCAAAUGUUUGAUGAAAAUUCACACUAUCGACGUAAUCUUACCAAAUUAAGUCUAGUUUUCUCACACAUGCUGAGUGAGUUAAAGGCAAUCUUUCCAAAUGGCACUUUUGCUGGAGAUCAGUUUCGCAUAACAAAAUCAGAUGCUGCAGAGUUCUGGAAGACGCGGUUCGGAAACAAUACACUGGUGCCAUGGAAAACAUUUAGAGCACAUUUAUCUGAAGUACACCCGAUAUCAUCAGGACUUGAGGCAAUGGCACUAAAAACAACUAUAGAUUUGACAUGUAAUGACUACAUUUCAAAUUUUGAAUUUGACGUGUUUACAAGAUUAUUUCAACCUUGGAAUACGCUCCUACGAAAUUGGCAGAUUUUAGCAGUCACACAUCCUGCCUAUGUAGCAUUUCUCACGUAUGAUGAAGUCAAAGCUAGAUUACAGAAAUACAUAACUAAGGCUGGUAGUUACGUAUUUAGAUUAUCGUGUACACGACUUGGUCAAUGGGCAAUUGGUUAUGUAACAGCCGAUGGAGAGAUUCUACAGACUAUUCCGCAAAAUAAAUCAUUAUGUCAGGCGCUCCUUGAUGGCUAUAGAGAGGGCUUCUAUUUAUUUCCAAAUGGCAGGCCUCACAACCCCGAUUUAUCAUUUGCUGUACAGAGUCCGUUGGAAGAUCACAUUACCGUCACACAAGAGCAAUACGAGCUUUAUUGUGAAAUGGGAAGUACUUUUCAAUUAUGUAAGAUUUGUGCGGAGAAUGAUAAAGAUAUACGAAUUGAACCUUGUGGACACUUGUUAUGCACGCCAUGUCUUACAGCUUGGCAAGUUGAUUCCGAAGGACAGGGUUGCCCAUUCUGUAGAGCGGAGAUAAAGGGAACCGAGCAAAUUAUAGUAGACGCAUUUGAUCCACAACGACAAUAUCAUCGAACCAGUAAACAAAAAGAGGAAGAUCAUGAUGACGAAAAUGAGGAAGCUGACUUCAAUUUAGAGGAAUCAUCAAUUCAAGCGCUUAGUAAUAGUUUUACAUUAACACGCGGAGAAAAGAUUCAAAGUCCACAUACAUCACCGAAACUGGUUAGAAGAACUCCAAUUCCAUUUACAUCAUCCUUACAGCACCAACAUCAACAGCAACAACAUAAUAGUAGUAAUAUAGGAGAAAGUUCAUCAAAUCGGCCUAUUUCUUCUUCGUCAUCGCUAUGCUCAUCGUCCUCAUCCUCCUCCUCAUCAGCCACAACAGUAAACUUAGUAAAUGUUAAUAUUUUGAAUGGAAAGUCUCCAAAGACAAUUGUUGUUACAAAUACGCCGUCUUCAUCAUCGAGUAGUAAAGCAUCUUCAAUUGAAAUGCCAAGCACAAGUUUAGAUCAAAUAUCAUUAAGUAGUAGUAAUUGUAGCAACAAAACGAUUAAUAUCUUUGAGGAAGCUCCUCCAAUUCCGCCAAGGACUAAUAAAACAAUGGCAACAACAAAUGAUAUUAAUCGACCGAUGAAGCUACAACAAACAACAUCAGCAGUGUCAACGACACCAUCAAUUAGCAAAAAUAACUCACUUGAGACGGCAGAGAAUAGUCAGAGUCAUGAGACUAGUUCAAAUAAUAUAAAGAUUAAUCCUAAUAUAUCAACAUUAUCAUUAUCAUCAUCAUCAUCUACCACAACACCAUUAUUAGCACCGAAACAGCAACAAAAACAACAAAAGGAACCAGAGGAUUCAGAUGAUGACUCAAAUCCAAUUUGUGGGCCUGCAGAAACGAUAAGUGGAAUAAUAGAUACACGACCAAUUGAGCAACGAACAAAUUACGUUAGUUUCGCAUCCUUAACAAAUAAUUUGACCACAAAUUUCAACCUCAUAACAAUCAAUGAUACAGGCAGUAGUAAGGAGGCGGGGAUGAAGGAUGAUAAUAAUAAAGUUUCGAAUACAUAUCUAUUGAAAAGCAACCAGAUGAAUAAUAAUACGAAUUUUAGCAAUAUGAAUGGAAGUAAUAAUCAUCAGCGGCACAUGUCGAUGCCAGUUACAGGCACGCCAAUAAAAACACUUCCCUCAUCACCGUCAACAUUUCAAGCGUCAAUUAGUCAGAAAUUGCCAAAUAACUUGUCACCAUUGAAGUCUGCAUCAUCAUGUGCCAACAAUCCAUCAAAAAUUUAUAAUCAAAAUAUGAAAUUAUAUGAAAAUAUAAGGAUGAAAUCAGCUGGAAAUUUAAUCUCGUUGAAUAAUCUGAAUAAUAACUCCAAUAGUAGUAGCAGCAGUAAUGUGUCAUAUGAAAAUAUAAAUUUGGAGUAUAUAAAUCGAUUGAUGAAGGAAGGAUAUUCAAAAGAGAAUGUUAUGGCUGCAUUAUGCAUUUCAAGGAACAACUUUGAGAUGGCAUGUGACAUCUUGCAUGAAUUUGUGAGUACGGACGGCAGUCAAACACAAAAUUGUAGCAAGGCUUUUGAAAGCAACCGUUAAACAAAAAUAUAUUCUAUUAAUGUUAAGGAUAAUCUUCCUCCUUCCUCCAUCAUAUUCGUCAUUUUUUUUUUCUUUUUGUCUUCUUAAUACCCAAAUAACAUUAUAACUCCUGCCUUUAGCUUUUCUACCCCCGAAAAGGAAACAAGAAACAAAAGUAACAGCAUUAAUUUAACUAGACUUACGUAUAUAAUACAUACAAAGCAAUAGAGAGUAAAAUGCUUAGCACACUCAUCCCUACAUAAUGCUACUACCAUUAAUACCAUGGAUAUAACUAAAUUAUCAAUGUUUAGGAAGACAUUGAGUUUAAAGAAAAAGUACCUUUUCAAAAUUAAUCAAAUUUAUCUAUAAUGAGAAAAAAAAAGUUAUAGAAUCAUCAACUUUGUAGAAAUUAGAAGCGACUUCGCUGAACUUUGUUCCUCAUUUUUCAACAGUCAAACGGAUUUGCUUGAGGUUGAUUCUUCAAUGAUAAACCUCUUCUGAAAAUUCUUUGAUUUAACAUUUUAAUUCUUAAAUUUAAUCUUUUGAUUUUGGUUUGAAUCUUUAAAUCCUAAAGUUUUAAGAUAUAAAUCAGAGUAUUCAAAACUUUGAAAUUGAAUCUUAGGAUUGAACUUUGAAUUCAAACUCCAAAUCUAAGAAUUGAAUCUGUAGUUCUAAUUCAUCUAAUCGACUGAUUGGAAAUGAGGUUUGAGCUUUUCAGUGAAAUUAGGACCUAGUGACUUUAUUUAAUCAUUAUUAUAUUAUUUAGUACUUUCUCAGAGAGCUAUAAUAGCUGUCUUUAUUAUAAUUGUUGUUAUUCUUUCUUACUGUGAUUAUAUUACAAAUUUAGUGACGAUUUUAUGUUCAAAAUGACUUUGUUAUUAGAGAUGACAGUAGAAGUAUGAUUUUGUGUAGACCCAUUUCUUCCAUAACAAGUUAUUAAUCUUUAAUAUAAUUUAAUCUUAGAGUUUGGGCAUUAGCUCUAUCAAGUAGAGGUCCUAAAAUAAUUUUUUCUUGUCUUUUAGAUAGGAAAACUCCCAAAAAAAAGAAAAAAAAAAUUUAAAUUCAAUAAUCCAAUUUGUGAUUUGCUUGAUUUUUGAUAAAAACAAAUUUUUUGAAUAAAUAUUUGCUAUUGCAUAGUAUUGAAACGAUAUAAAAUGAAUGUAAAUAAGACUAUUUAAAUUAAAUAAUAAUUAUCUAGUUCGUGUGACUAUGAAGACUUUGAAGUGAAACCAAAAAUUAUAAAAAUUAAAAGAUAAUUUGUUCAAUAAAAAUUUAAGUAAUUAAAAACAAAAAAACAAAAAAGUUUUAGAAAAUGAAUCUUCUGAUAUGUGCAAAUGUAUAUUUUUUUUAAAGAACAUGUUCCUCAAUCAAUUUUUAAUGAAAAGCAUAUUGAAUGAAUUUCAUUUUCAUUAUGAAAUGAAUGAAAAGCCAACAAAUUUUUCCUUAUCUUCCUUUUUGUAAAACAA